AUGACCGAAUUAAAGUAUCUAUCGGGCUUUGGUUCGGAGUUUUCUUCAGAGGACCCGCGGAAGCCGGGAUCGCUUCCGAUCGGUCAGAACAGCCCACAGAAAUGCCCCUAUGGUCUCUAUGCCGAACAAUUAUCAGGUACAGCUUUCACCGCUCCAAGGCACGAGAACAAAAGAUCCUGGUUGUAUAGAAUACGUCCCUCCGUUGUACAUAAGCCGUUCAAGAAAUUAGACAUUGCCAAACAUCUCACGCACAACUGGGAUGAACAAGAGCCGGAUCCUAAUCAAUCUCGCUGGCUUCCCUUCGACAUUCCAUCAGACGAGUCUGUGGACUUUGUGACCGGACUCCAUACGGUGUGUGGUGCUGGCGAUCCUCGCUCUAGACAUGGAAUAGCCAUCCACGUGUACUUGUGCAACGCUUCCAUGGAUAAAAGCGCAUUUUACAGCAGCGACGGAGACUUUCUAAUCGUGCCACAGCAAGGCAAAUUGAAGAUCACCACUGAAUUUGGUCUAAUGGAGGUGGCCCCGAAUGAAAUUGCCGUUAUUCAACUUGGAAUGAGAUUCGCUGUAUUUGUUGAGGGUCCUACCAGGGGGUACAUAUUAGAAGUUUUCGACGGUCAUUUUAAGCUGCCUGAUCUUGGACCUAUCGGAGCUAAUGGACUGGCGAAUCCGAGGGAUUUUCUAACACCGGUAGCUCACUAUGUUGAUGAAGAAACUCCUGGUUUCCAGAUCUUCAACAAGUACCAAGGGUUUCUAUUUGUUGCCGAACAAAAUCACAAUCCGUUCGACGUAGUUGCUUGGCACGGAAACUAUGUGCCUUACAAAUACGAUCUAAACAACUUUAUGGUUAUCAACGCUGUUUUGUACGAUCAUUGUGACCCUUCAAUAUUUACGGUGUUGACGUGUCCUUCUGCAAAACCUGGGAUCGCCAUCGCUGAUUUCGUAAUAUUCCCACCCAGAUGGUCUGUGCAGGAGCACACUUUCAGACCUCCUUAUUACCACAGAAACUGUAUGAGCGAGUUCAUGGGGUUGAUUCUUGGUUCUUACGAGGCGAAAGAAGGCGGUUUCCUUCCCGGCGGUGCGUCUCUGCAUUCCAUGAUGACACCUCACGGGCCUGACGACAAAUGUUUCAACGCUGCAUCCAAUGGAGCACUAGUGCCGCAGAAAAUUGCAGUAGGAACUCAGGCUUUUAUGUUUGAAUCUUCUUUGAGUCUGGCCAUCACCAAGUGGGGCGCGGAAACCUGUCAAAAAUUGGACCCCAAAUAUUACGAAUGUUGGCAAAACCUGCCAAAGCAUUUCUCGGAUAAAGCAAAAGUCUAAUUUUAUUCACAAAAUAAGAUUUUGUAUGACAUGUAUCAUUUUUGACAUCAUUUAUUAUCAAUAAAAAACUGUGUAUAUGUA